UCCCCUCCACAAUCCUAUUUUUCUUGCAAGUCGACCGCUCCGUGCUUCAGUCAUUCGCCGACAGUAGGAGCGUUCGUUUCGUAAGCAACGUUGCUGAUAUCUCUCUCUCUGUUGCCAUUCACGCCCGGCAUGCAGUAUUAGAGCGCUGACACGGACGCAUUUCUUCUUGAAGUGACUGGAUAGUGUAGAAUAGAUGAACAAUGGGAGCUUUCGGAGUUGUAUUCGGGUUUUCUGUGAUAUUUUCGUAUAGAUUCGCGUUGGUUUUAGCUGGAGGUGAAGGAAUCACAAUCAACAAACCUGUGGUCAGGUCUUCUAGGUUACAGGCGCAGUUUGCUACUGGUUAUGUUAGUUGUUUUUGCAACCUAGCGUCCUGUGUAACGACAGGCUACGUGUGUAAGUCUGUCAAGGGAGGCUGCUUCUCCGAUAUCUCAGACCAGAAUUCCAAUGGGCACAAAGGACACCAUGGUUGUAUAGAACAACUCCCUGAAGAGGAAUCAGCCAAGUGUCAAACCAGAGGUGGAAUGCACGAAAGAACUGUGAUACGAAGAAAAGAAAGCCCUAGAUCUCUAUUCCUAUGCUGCCAUCAUGACCUUUGUAAUCAUGUGGACAGUCCACAAACCAAGAGUCUUCUCAAUACCACGUUACUAAGUGAUAUAUCAGAAGAACAAGAUCUGAGGUAUCAGAACCAACAAGAAACCACAUAUUUGUACUCAGACUCAGAUGUCUGGUUCAGAGCUGCGACCAUAGCAGUACCAAUAUGCGGAGCUGUGAUAUUAUUCGUUUUGAUAGCGUUAGCUGUUAAAAUCUUGAAGAGCGAGCAUCAAGAUUCGGCUGUACAUAAGUUAGGCCCAACGAUGUACGUCCACCACCUCCCUCAGCAAUGCAAAACCCUCAAAGACUACCCAGAUCGCUACGACAAAGCAGCGUACGACAACCUCUUGAGAAAAGACUACAUUCCCACCCACCACAAUUUCCUAAUCGACGAAUCUGCAAGUCGCGCCCAUCAGCAGCCGCUAUUGGCUCAUCCUUCUGCGGUAGGCCCGCCUCCUUGCGCGUACGUACCUAUCUUAGCACCGUCCCCUUGCGUGAGUAACGCCCACAGCAACGCUUCUGAUAAGAACGAAACAAAUGCCAAGCUGAAUCUGAUGCAAUGCGAGUCCGACUCGAAGAAAUCGAUAAUUUUCGAGAUAGAGAAAGCACCAACAAACUGCUCAGAAGUUAACUUAGUCACAUUUACGCCUGAGAAAAGUUCGUAGCAGAGUGAGAGUUGUUUAUUUAUUCAGUAACGAAUAUCGUACUUAGCUGUACUUAUUCGCUUCGGAUAUAUAUUUUGUAUGAAUAUGUUUAUGUAUAGGAGGCUGUGAAUAUUCUGUUACUGUCAGGAAAAUGGCAGACGCCCUAACAUGUAGUUUAUAGUUUCUAAGUACUAUAUGUUGAAUCUUAUUAUACUAAUCAUUCUAGAAUCGUAUCCAAACUAACUUAUUGAAAUAUCGAUUUUGACAGAAAUCUCAACGGCAACAGUUGUACCAUAAUGGAAUAAUUACCACACCUGACGUGCUGGAUGCGAUCCUAGUAUGACACAGUAUAAUUGGCAAUAGUAAAACUGAGUGGGAAUGACUCUGAAUCACAAUAUUGAUGCCUAUGGGUCUUUGUAUAUCUCCUGAAUCGUGGCCGUUAAGUUAAUAAGAAUAAAUUUGUACUGCAAAUCAACGAUCUCAUCUGACUGACCAAUCUACGUUUACAGAAACAUCCGGAUUUUGAAUAUUUGUACUGGAGAUAUAGCCGCCUUACGCAUCUAAUGUACAUAUAUACAGCCACACAGUUCAUGCAAUAAAUCAAUCCUACUUACCACUUAUUUUUUUACUGUUGUUUUCUGACAAUCCCAUCAUAUUUGUGCAAAAGUUUGGCACACCUCAUUCGCCAUUUUCCAUAAUGGUAAUCUUCGUAUCUUUAUGUGAAGGGUUUUAUAUUACUCCUCUGAUAUUUUUUGUCAGAUGUAACUUUGUAUUGCUUUGUAUAUCUCUCAUCUAGCAAUAAUAUUUAUAUUUUACUUGAGAUUUAAUAGAGACAAUGUAUGCACACGGUUGCAGUCACGAAAAUUUGGAAAUUAUAAAGCAUUACCAUUGUAAACCAAACUUAAAUUGAGAAAUCACUCGCAACAAACAUAUUUAUACUGUUUUCAUCGGUUAAAUUAACCUAAUUUUACAAUUAUGUUUCAUCAAACUUGCUCAAAGAGGAGUGAUACCAAGCGAAGGCAGUUAGACAAUGUGAAUAAAUUAGAGAGAGAUACUACGAUACUUUUGUUUAAACAUUUAUUAAAGGUGGAAUAUUUAUCAUCCGUUUGCAACUUCGAAGUUUAUUUUUUAUCAUAAAUAACACUUCACGAGUGCUCUCUACGUCAUGUAAACACAAAUUAUUCUCAAAAUCCGUAAGGUAGCUUUUAGGGCCCUACGCGGAAAAUUACGCGAUUUAAUUUAGUAUCGGAAGAGGACUGGAAUUCAAUGUUUUUCUAACCUCAAAUUGUUGCCAGUUAUCUAGACUAGCUUUAUUUCGUACGACUUUUCGCCGUAACCACAAAAAACCGUGAAAAGAACUGAACUCACCAGUGAAAAUGUAGCGUUUUCUAAACAUUUUUAAGAAAUUCAGAGCGAAAAGCGUAUCCUUCGCAGAAUGUCCCACCAUCUUUAAGCCUCAUGGAUCGCGGUUUCUUUUUUUGUAAACCAGUAAUAGUCCAAGAGUCGACUGCAAAGCUUUGGUCUCAUCGAGUACUGACAUGGUAUGUACAAAAAUCUAAUGAAAUCUUAUUUUGGCAUGUGUGCUGUUUAGCAUCAAAAUACGUAAGAUUUGAACAGUUUUUAUCGCAUCGUAUCAGUACCAAAACCAGUAUCAAAAAAUCUACUGUCAGCUCCCCUAGUAUAAUGCAGAAGAAACCCUAGGUCAUUUGAGCUGACCGGCGGAUUAUAAAGACAUUCCACGAAACUGUCUUCUCUUGAUAUAACUAUUCUUUGGUUUGAUUACUAGUAAUAAGUACCAAAUUGAUUUAAAAAAUAAAUGCUUGAAAAAAGCAUGACUUGUAACUGUGAUUUAGACAGCCUAAUAUAAAUAGGCAGAUUGUUCAACGAAAACCGGUCUUCCUCUAAAAUUACACGUUGAUCUUUUUUUUAAUAUGGUACUGAAUAUGACCCUGUAUAUGUAUGUAUCUCUAUGACUGACUGGUUAUACACCUAUAUUCUAUAUACAGUAUGUUACUACGAGAAUUUGCUAUCAUGUAACUAUUUACGCUGUAAAAUGCCUUUCACUAUACAAGAGUUGUGGUAAUAUACUGUAAAUGUUAAUAUAGCAUUUUGUAUAAUGUUACACAAGCGAAUAGAAAUGUGAUGUAUCUACUAAUACUUUUUGACAAUGAGGAUACGACUGCUCAAGCUGAUUUUUGUAUAUAUGUAUAGUUUUGUACUUAUUUUUCUGUAUAUGAAUAAACCAACUUUAGUAAACUUCGUGAUGGAUAUACAGCGUGUAAAAUCUCAAAAGGAUCAAUCUUUCUUAGUGUCGAUUCAGCUUCACUUAACUGAUUUAUAAAGACAGCUGACAAUUUUGGGGCACGUUGUAUAUUCACGUGGAUAAGAAGCUAUGUUAAGGAGUACAUGUAUUUGGCUUAUUCAUUACAAUACAUUUUGCAACGAGUAUAUAUUUUGUAAAUAGUCUGGUAGACUAAUAAAAAUAUUCAUUGAAAACUGAAAUGUUUUAUUGGAUCCCUCACUAAAUCAUAGAAUGUACAUCAUAAACUGGAUCAGAUACAUGUGAAAUUACUUCGAAUUCGGUUUUAGCGACCUACAAUCAGUGAUGGGCGUUUACGCGUAUACAUUAAUUGUCUAUGUCUCGAUGUAUACAAUGUAUACAUUGCGUAUACAAUGAAUAGAAUGUAUACAAUGCUGAAGACAAUGUAUAGAAUAGCAUAAGUGAGGUUAGGUUUAUUCGCAAACGUCAAAAAGUUGGUGAACAGUGAAACGGCAACUUUAAAAAAAUAUGGUUGGACGCCCCAAGAACAAAGAAAUGAUGAAGUAGGGUUCACUUUGUUUGAAAAUGGAAAGACAUAUUCCGUAGAG